AUGAAAUUCACCACCCUCCUCCCCUUCCUCUCUUUCACCCUCUCCCACGCCAUCCCCCUCACCCCCCGCGACGAAACCUCCACGACCUGCGGCCGCCGCAACACCCCCGAAUACUGCGCCGGCACCAACUACACCGUCUCGCUCCUCUCCACCUACCUCUGCGGCGACUCCCGCCUCGGCCCAACCCGCCUGCCCACCCUGCACGACGACCUGCCCGUCGCGCCUGUACUCGCCACCGCCCUGUUUGGGUACGACCGUUUCGGUGGUCUCUGCCCGGGGGCGUUUUUGGCGAGGUGGUUGAUUCCAGGCGAGGGGUGGUGGCAGUACCCGCCGCAGGAUGGGUUUAGGGGGGUGAAGCGGGCGGCGGCGGCGGUGGAUGCUGGGACGCCGAUUGAUGGGAAUGUGACGCUGGCGGUGAACACGUUGGUGGAUCGGUUUGGGAGUGAAUACGGGAACUUUGUGAGUCCUGCGGGGGCGUCGUAUGGGCAGAGGGCGUUGCCGCCGAGUAGUUUGGCGACUUCGGAUCCUGCGUAA